AUGCACAAGCCAAUCCCCCUAAUGUGCAAUGGAAACGACUCGAAGCCAUGCAAAGCGUGUCGUGAAGGCGGUGUCGAUUGCGUUGAUGUCGAAACUCCUCGUGUCUCCAAGGCAGACCUGCGCGAAAGGCUGGCGCAACUGCAGUUGAUCAAUUCCGAAAAUGACACGCUUCUCGAUUUUCUAUCGUCCAAGGAAACAAGUCCGGCCGACUUGAAUAGCAUCUUGCGCCGGCUCUCUGAUGGCCAGCCACGAGCAGAAGUUACUUCGUCGUUGGCAGCACAGAGGCCCAUCAUCCAAGAUGAAUGUAGCCAACAAGACACCUCCACCGUCACGAGCCCCUCUGUGACCGAGGCCACGUCGACCGUCAGUCCGGUCGCUACCGUAUUGAACAGUCCAACGACAUCGGCUGGCUCAAUUAGCAAUGCGCAAUCGCCCUCCGUUUUGGAUGGCUCAACUAGCAAUGCGCUGUCGCCCUCCGUCUUGGCUGGCAUCAAUAAUACCCAGACGUCGCAUUUCCGCGCCAAUUUGGAGCACUACCGGCUGCAGCUCCCGCAGCUUCUCGACCUUAUCCUCUCUAGGGACUGCCUCUCUUUCUGUCCCAUCAAUAGGAAUGAUUUUAGGCGUGAUUUCGGAACAGGCCAUGGUAUGUACUGCUCCACGGCUCUCAUAGAUUCGCUCCUUGCCCUGAGUACCCUUCUGGCCAUGGAUAGCGCAAGUCUCGCGGCCAGAUUCGGAGCAAGGAGCAAACUUGAAGACGACGACCUGGGGCAGUCAUUCGCCCGCGAGGCAAUAUCUGCGCUGUACAAUGGCACGGGCCUCCCGCGGCGCAUCGCCGAUAUACAAGCGCUCGGUAUCCUAUCCCUGUAUUGUCUCGGUUGUAAUAAGCUGAACGACGGUAAGGGAUUCGCGGCCGACUUUGGUGCUGCAAUCAUCGAGCAGUGGCACACCGAGCAGCCGAUCGACUCGAAAAGUUUGUAUUUUCCGGAUAAGCAGGUGCACGCAAAUAUCUGUUGUGCUGCCGUCUCCUCCAACAGGUAA